AUGACUCUCAGUUAUGCUCAAAGAGCGGCAAAUCAUCCAUCUGCUGUAGCAAGAAAACUUCUCGAAUUGAUGGAGGCCAAAAGGACCAAUCUUUGUGCAUCCGUGGAUUUGACUAGGACUGCAGAUGUUCUUGACCUCGUAGACAAAGUUGGACCUAACAUUUGUUUGGUGAAGACUCACAUGGAUAUUGUCGAUGACUUUACAUACGAAAGAUCCAUAUUGCCUUUGCUCAAGUUGGCUAAGAAACACAAUUUUAUGAUCUUUGAGGACAGAAAGUUCGCCGAUAUUGGCAACACUGUCAAGCUCCAGUAUAAAGGUGGAGUAUAUAAAGUUGCUCAAUGGGCGGAUAUAACAAAUGCCCAUAGUGUUACUGGAGAAGGAGUGGUUGCUGGUUUGAAACAGGCAGCUCAAGAAACCACAUCUCAGCCCAGAGGUUUGUUGAUGUUGGCUGAGUUAUCAUCCAAGGGUUCAUUGGCUCACGGUGACUAUACUAGAGCCACCGUGGAGAUUGCCAAAACUGACAAAGAAUUCGUGAUUGGUUUCAUUGCUCAAAAUAGUAUGGGAGGCUCCGAUGAGGGCUUUGACUGGUUGAUUUUGACUCCCGGUGUUGGAUUGGAUGACAAGGGAGACUCUUUGGGCCAGCAGUACAGAACUGUUGAUGAUGUCAUAAGUACCGGUACAGAUAUUAUUAUUGUAGGUCGUGGACUUUUUGGAAAAGGUAGGGACCCUGUUGAACAGAGCCGAAGAUACAGAAAUGCUGGUUGGAAUGCAUAUUUAAAGAGAGUACAACAGUAG